GUCGAUCGCCGCAGUUAGUGCGUCGCCAAGCUCCGAAGCAUAAAGAUGGGGAUCGGUUCCGUACUUUUUUCCGCCGCCGGCCUGCUGCUCCUCCUCCUCCCGCCCUCCAAGCCACAAGCUCCAGCAGGGAACAUUGGAUCACAGUGGCGAGACGACGAGGUCCAUUUUAACCGCACCCUGGACUCCAUUUUGGUGCCACGCGUCGUUGGCAGUCGGGGACAUCAACAAGUGCGCGAGUACCUGGUGCAAUCGCUGAACGGCCUUGGCUUUCAGACGGAAGUGGAUGAGUUCAAGCAGCGAGUUCCAGUUUUCGGAGAGUUAACGUUCGCCAAUGUUGUGGGUACGAUUAAUCCCCAAGCCCAGAACUUCCUGGCCCUGUCCUGCCACUACGACAGCAAGUACUUCCCCAACGAUCCCGGAUUUGUGGGGGCCACAGACUCCGCGGUGCCCUGUGCCAUUCUCCUGAACACCGCCAAGACCUUGAGCGGGUAUCUCCAGAAAGAGUUUCUCAAUCGCAACGACGUGGGACUCAUGCUCAUAUUCUUCGAUGGCGAGGAGGCGUUUAAAGAUUGGACUGCCUCUGAUUCCGUGUACGGCUCGAAGCAUCUGGCGUCAAAGCUAGCCCGAACCCGUUCCCAAACUGCCGGCCAAGUUCAGCAGGGUCCACGGAAUAUAGAUCGAAUUGAAGUGCUGGUGCUGCUGGAUCUUAUUGGGGCGCGGAAUCCGAAGUUUUCUAGUUUCUAUGAAAAUACCCAUGGACUGCACUCCAGUCUUGUACAGAUUGAAAAGUCCCUGCGGUCUGCUGGCAAGCUGGAGGGAAAAAACAAUAUGUUUUUAAGUCGUGCUAGCGGCGGUCUGGUCGACGACGAUCACCGUCCGUUUUUGGAUGAGAAUGUUCCUGUGCUGCACUUGGUGGCCACUCCUUUCCCCGAGGUCUGGCACACACCUCGCGAUAAUGCCGCUAAUCUGCACUGGCCUUCGAUACGCAAUUUUAACCGUGUUUUCCGUAAUUUUGUGUACGAAUACCUCAAACGGCAUACUACACCGGUGGAUUUACGUUUUUACUGAACCUAGUUUUUUGUUUGUCUUAUGUGUAAGAUUUAUUAAGCAUAAGUGUAAAAUGUUUGUCGUUAAUUAAAGUGUCCUAAGGCGUGUUUAAUCCUUC